CCUUGAUUCAUUCAUUCGCGACCCGAACCCCGACGCGGUUGGACGUGUUUUCGAAAUAAACUCGCGUCGUUUCGAAUUUAGGUAAACACCAAACAAUUAUUGAAUCCGACGUUAUCUGAUAGAGAAGACCGAAGACAUCGGUGUGACGAGUAUAAGAUGUACAUAGAAGAACACUCUGCAAUACAAAUUAUCAGGAAUCAAUAAACAAAAUACAAAAUUUAAUAAACUCAAAGACAAUAAAUAGAAGCCAAAUUAUUUAUUUAUACACACAAAUAUUUUAAUAUAUACAAAACAAAUAAAUGUAUUUUUCAUAUUCCAAUUAAAUAAAUCAAACAAAGUUUGAGCAAUAGUGAUUGUUAUUUGUCGAUAGUUCGAAAUAUCGAGUAUUUUGUGAAAGCAUAAUAGUAAAGUUCGGUAAAAUGAGUUGCGAAUCGCCGUCGUCAGCGAAAAAAUUCAAUCUGGAGCGAGCUUCGAACUUUAUGAGACAAUUCCGGGACCCGGAUUCUAGGGAACUGAAGAAACUAUCGGCCAACCAAUUUAUGGAAGUCUGGAGUCACUACGAUAGAGACGGAAACGGCUAUAUUGAGGGUACAGAGCUGGACGGCUUCCUGAGAGAAUUCGUGUCAAGUGCCAACUUCACAGACAUUAGCCCUGACGCGGUGUCUGACUCGAUGCUGGUGGAACUCAAGGCAUGCUUCAUGGAGGCCUACGAUGACAACCAGGAUGGAAAAAUUGACAUUAGAGAACUAGCCCAACUUCUGCCUAUGGAAGAGAAUUUUCUUCUCUUAUUUAGAUUCGACAAUCCUUUGGAAUCUAGCGUCGAAUUUAUGAAGAUUUGGAGAGAAUACGACACCGACGGCAGCGGGUACAUCGAGGCCGACGAAUUGAAGAAUUUCCUCCGCGAUUUACUGAAAGAAGCGAAGAAGAUUAAUGACGUAUCCGAAGACAAACUCAUCGAGUACACCGACACUAUGCUACAAGUGUUUGACUCGAACAAAGAUGGACGUCUGCAAUUGUCGGAGAUGGCGAAAUUGCUGCCCGUGAAGGAGAAUUUCCUCUGCCGCCAGGUGUUCAAGGAGGGCAUUGAGGGUGCAACAAAAUUAACGAAAGACGAUAUCGAGCGAGUGUUUUCUCUUUAUGACAGAGAUAACAAUGGCUCCAUAGAGAAUGAAGAACUACGUGGCUUUCUAAAAGAUCUUUUAGAAUUAGUGAAAAAAGACUACGACGCGCAAGAUCUUCUGGAAUUCGAAGAAACCAUACUCCAAGGCGUAGAGUACAGUAGCGAAGGGAAGAUCAGCAGAAAGCAGCUUACAAUGAUCUUGUUAGCGCUCGCCAAACACAAUCAGGAAGAAGAAGUUUCCACUCCAUAAGAGAAGUCGAAAGCUUCUACCAGUCCGUCCCAGUAGCAUCACAUAAAAUUCCAUGGCUCGCGUAACUUCACGAAUCCCAUCUACUCUAUUUCAGUUCCACUACUAAACUAGCGUAUUAAAAUGGAAUGGAUACUAAUUAAUCUUAUAAAACCGGUCCGGAUUGAAACCGGAGACGUGUGUGAGCUUCAUAAAAACAUUCGUUCCAGACAUUUAUAAUAUACAGGGUGCUCUGGAGUAUUACCCGUAACUCUAGGGUUACAUUUUUUAACGAAAAUAAAUUCAAAAUGUUCAAGGAAUGUUUUAUGUUCUAAAAUGAAUAUUUUUGGAGUAAAUAAUAUUUCUUUUGUAAAUAGAUCUUGAAAUGAAAUGAAAUUGAAAUACACAUCCUUAAAAGAAUGACGUAUUUAAAUAAAAUUGGAUAUAAAAAUGUAUUUUAAAAUUCAACGUUCUCGCUUCGUUACCUGAACGCGUGUGUUACAUGGAUAGUCGGUAUUAUUUGAAUUACUUUGUAUGUAAACGUAUUUUUUUUUGUAGUUAGUAAAACAUUCGUUAUGCAAUUCGGUUCCUAUAGAUGGUCUCGAUAGUACGUUGAAGCUAUGAAAAAUACUCUCGAGCAGCCUGUAUAUCUAUAUUAUACAAUAUGUAUAAAAAAUAUAUAUUAUAAUGUUUAUUUUUAUUUAAAUCUAUCUACUAGAAUAUAAUUUGACAUUUAAUUUUAUCAUAGACACAUAAAAUGGUAUGUUCACAGUGGUGGAUAUUAUUAUUUAUUUUAUUUAUAAUCACACGGACUACGUUAAUUACAUUAAACUAGACGAGAUAAGAUAACUAGACUAGAUACAGAUAAAAAUGAAAAUAUUAAUUUAAUAACAUAAAAUACGAAGUUGAAAUAGCAUUGCGAAUAAUUAAACUUUACAAUCCGCUCUAAGUGUCUAUGAAGUGUCUAUAAUUUAUAUUUAUUAUUCUUACUAGUAAAGUAACGGUCAAAUAAUAAUUAUUACCUCUGAAAAUUAAAAAAUUUAAUUAUAUAAAAGUAAAUAUUUAUUUUUAUUAAAAUUGUCAUAGAUAAAUAAUUAUUGUUAAGUUAUGGUUUCUACCACGCUAGAAAAUAAGUAAUGUAUUUUUUAUAUUAGAAACCUAUCUAAAAUGUUUUUCUGUUUAUAGCCUGGCUAGAAAUAUUAAAAAUUAAACCUAUCUAGGGCCGCCACAAAUAAUUAUUUCAUUGCAAUGUUUGUACGAAAAAAUUACUUCCUUAUUUAUCCGAAACGUGGCGUUUAAGUUUUUCUGGUCAGGUAAUAUAAACAUAAUAUUUGUAGUGCGCAAAUUUUGGUGCUUCUAUACAGAAUAUAUUUUCAGUAGCAACCUGUACUUUUUUGAAAUGUAUUUUUUUUUUCAAUGACUCCAAAAAUAACAAAAUAAUGGACACAUUAAUUUCAUCGCCACGCCACGUCCUUCACAGCGCGCAUCGCAGCCUUUGACAGUACAACUGUGGUGCGAUUCCGCAAUUUAACUCGUCGACGAACUUUUCGCCUAUAACACGUUUUAUUGGAAUUUGAACUCUAUGUGUUUAAGAUGCCACAAUUAAAAUGUCACUUACAACGAAGUUGUCAUGGAAACGAAUGAUGUCUCAACGCUGUAACUUUACAGAAUGCAGGGUUAAUUAAUCGCGUACCUACAGGUAUAGGAUGACCUUAGGGUCUUCUGUAAUCAAUCUUCUUCUGUAAAGGAUUUCUUUGUUAUGUUUUCGUUAGUAAAAAAAUACAUGUCUAUUAAAUUUCGUUUAUGUACAAAAUAUAAAAAUUUGCGCACUCCAAACAACUUCUUCCAGUAUAGGUAAAUAUUAUUUUGAAUUUGAAAAGAAAAACCUAAGUUUUUUUUUUAAAUGCUAUAUAUUCUAUUUUAAGAUGGUAGCUAAUACAUAUGGUGUUGUUUUGCGUAGUCUCUCGUAUAAAUGUCUAUAUUAUUAUUAUUAAUAAUGCCUCUGUGCAGUGGCGUGCAUAGCUGUUGUUUUCAAUUAUUCAUCAUUUAUAAUAAUCAUUAUUCAUUGUUUAUCAUUAAUCAUUGUAUUAGAACAAUGAUUAAUGCUAAACUAAAGAUGAUGGAAAUUUUGUCGCAUGAUCGCUCUACAGACGAAGCAACUUUUUUCCAAAUUGUCGUAACUCUAAAUCAUUUUUAUCUGUGUAUAAGAUGCACGCCACAAGAUAUCUCGUGACGAAAAAAAGUUUUAUAUUGUCGACCAAUAGCCGACCACAUUGAUAUUAUUAAUAGACAAUAUUAUGUUUUUUGGUUUCACAAUAUAAAGUUGUAUGCCUACUGACUCCUCUUGGUGUGAAGAUGUAAUUUUUAAUUAAUCUUCAAUUUGAACUCAGGGUUUUUGCUUGACAUACACUUCAAAAGCUCAAUGUGUGAAUACGUUGAAAAGUCAGUAUUAUCAGGUCAGUUUAGUUCUUUUUUAUUCUUUACAAGUUAGCCCUUGACUACAAUCUCACCUGAUGGUAAGUGAUGUUGCAAUCUAAGAUGGAAGCGGGCUAACUUGUUAGGAGGAUGAAAAUCCACACAUAUUCCUUUCGGUUUCUACACAUCGUACCGGAACGCUAAAUCGCUUGACGGUACGCCUUUGCCGGUAGGGUUGUAAAUAGCCACGGCUGAAGCCCACCCACCAACCAGACCUGGACCAAUUAAGAAAAUCUCAAUCGGCACAGCCGGUUAAUUAAAAAUUGUCAGUCUCACACAGAGUAACCGUCAGUAGGGUAGUUGCUGCAAAUAGCAACCAUAUACAGUUGACAACUUGACAACAAUAAAAUGUUGCUCCAUCUGCGGUGAGCCUUAGUGUCCGUCCAUAUAUUACAGCCAUUUUGUACAGAUUAAUGUAAAACUUCAUAAAUAAUAAUUUAUUUAUGAAUUUUAGUAAAAUUAAAAAAAGGGAACAGUACUUAUACUAUAAUGUAAGAUACCAACUUACAUAUGGCAUAAAUUCAUCACCUUAUACUACUUUUUUUUUUGAGAGAUGUAGGGGAAAAAAACAAUAUCAUUAUAAUCUUUAGUACCAUAUAUCACCCCAAGAUAGUUCGAUGCAAACUUUUAUGACGUCAAGGAAAUUAGCUGCGUGUGUCGCUAAGCGCAAAUAGUACAUAAAGUUGGCUAAAAGCAAGACGCAAGAAGCGACUGCGGUAGCAAACCCCGCCGCUCCGUCGCUACGUCACUGUUGAUAUAAUUGCUUAAACGCACGAUGUCCCAAAACGUCUUUUUGCAUCGGACUACGGAUCGUGUGAAACUUGAUCGGACCUGUUUGACAGCUCCAAUUAAUGUCAAAUACAUGUCAAAUCCCUAGGACAAAUGUCAGUUUGACAACUAUAAUGAAUGAAUGUUUUGUCAAACGGUUCUGAUGAAGUUACGCAAUUACGCCUCAUAACUCCAUUGAAAGAUUGAGCAGUUUCUUUCGCCUAUAUGAGGUGCACGCCACUGCAUUCUUAUUGAGUGUUAAUUAAAUAGGUGUUAAGUGUGUGUUGGUUUAAAAACAUUGUUAGGUAUUAUAUGAAUUGUCGUCGGAGGGUAGAUAGAUGUUUUAAUUGGCUUAAAAGACCCUGAGUUCUAGCAAUUUUGAAUGUGAGUAUAGAUAGGUUCUGGUCGAAAUACCACUAUUUGUUAAAUAAAAUAUUACAUUGGACAAAUAUUUUAAAAGACUAUCUUUGCUGAUUGCAGUUGGUCCUGUAUUAACUUAGAUAUUCUGUGAACGCUCAGAUGAAAUAUCAUUUACAGUUUAUAAACCAUUGCUUCCUUAAAAUAACACAGUAGCUAACGUGAUUACAUUGACGAAAUGAAAAUCGUACAACGGCGCAAGUUUUUACAAUUACCUAACGUAAUAAAUAUUGGAAGAAAUUGAUUUUACAACUAUUUUGUCUAUAUUUGAGUUGAGGUAAUGAUUUAUGACGUGACGCGGUUAUGACUUUUUUAUUUAUAAACUGCAGUUUUUAAUACCCUAUCCGAAGAAUAAUUCAGUUAAAACCAAUUUUACCGACAUGUAUUAUAGUUUUACCUAUAAUAGAGGUCAUACGUUGCUAACUGGCCAUGGUCAAAGCCUCCCACCAGCCAGUUCUGGACCAGUUAAGAAACCCUCAAUCGGCCCAGUCGGAGAUCUAACCCAGGACCUCCGUUUUAUAAAUCCACUGCGCAUACCACUGCGCCACGGAGGCCGUCAAAAACCACAUUACCAGCGAAGACGUACCGCCAAGCGACGUAGCCUCCCAGUUUGAUGUUGCAUAUAAACCGACAAAGGUAGGGUUAGAAUAAACUUAUACCCCUUCCAAAUUAGACCGUUAGAUAGUCGUACCAUCUUAGACUGAUCACUUAACAUCAAGAGGUUAUACAUCAAGUACUGAUUUGUCGUAAACUGAAAAAAAAAUGGCGUAAGCUGGUAACUGGAAUAUCCCUAAAUAUUUUAACAUUUACAACAUUAUUGAGGAGGUAAUGGAGGUCUUUCACAUGUUUCCUUAUUCAAUUAUUUAUGCGUUUCACAGGAAAGAUUAAAAUAAUUUCAAUUGCGUAAGGAAAUAUUGAAAGUUAACAACACCUACUUUUGUUCAUAAGUACCUAAAUAUAGUUCAAAAAACAUAAUCAUUAAGCCAAAUCAAAUGCCAAAUAGGUAAUUAAACUUAGUAUUAUCAUCGUAAAUUGCAUAUUAUAAACUCUAUUUUCGUAUGUUGUAGAUAACAGAUUCAAAUUAUUUAUUAUGUGUUUUACACAUUAGUUACAUUUAGAAAAACAUUUAAUAUCAGAUAGGCUUACAAGCACUUCACAAGUAUGUCUAUUAGUAGUGACUUUACCACCGCUUUGGAAAACUAUUUAUAUUAAAUUCAUAACUCUUUAGACACAUACGAGUACCUCUAUGGCAGUUCUCCCACAGACUUAUUUAAAUGCGAGAUAUUUAAAUGCACUGCACCUGUAACGCAAAGUUCAGGGUGUUAGCUAUCCCAGUCAAAAAAGGAAAUAAAUAGGUCAACCUAAAUAUAACAAAAGCUAAUUAACUGUAAACUCGUAUACACAUUCAUAAUGGUGUUCCAAAAGUUGCAUUUAAGUCUGUGGGUCUGUUGCUCUGUGGGAGAACGGUCUAACUCUCCAAAAGAAAUAUAACCCUUUCAAUUCAAUACGAAAAACUAACUCUAAUUAAAAUUAUUAAGUCUAACUUAACUUAAUUAUUAAGCCAAUUACGAAACUUUUAAGGAAUAAUAACACCAAACUUUUAAGGAAUAAUAAUUAAAGUAAUAAACACUUAUAGGUACCUACAUUUGAAACAUAGAAUCCAAAUUAAUGCAAAAUUCGAUUUAAUAUCUACCAACGUUUAAUAUUAUUGGCAAAAAAUAGUCGAAGAAGCUUUUGCGAGAUUCGGCGAAUCAAAGAACACUUUGGUAUAAACUUUUUAUACUAAUUCUUAUUCUUAACUAUUUCUUAUACUAAUAAAGCAAAUACAUAUUAUGAUAAAUCCCGGUCUGAGGCGCCACACUAACUUUUGCAAUUUUAGUAUUUUAGUUCGUAGGGGUUUUUCUUUCUAGUUAUUUAUUUACGUGUCACGUUAACUUAUCUGAAAGAAAAAAAUGAAAUCGUUGAAAAAAAUAUAAUUGAAUUAAAUUGUCAGUCUUGAAUAAAUUGGAAAGUAUGUAGGAAAUCCGCAUACAAUCAAUAAUACUGACGAUAUUAAUGUAGGGAAUGAUUGUCUAUGAUUAUGGAAUUAAUAAUGUUAUAUUAUUGAAGGGCUACAACUUAGACGUGGUUGCGUCUUGGCAACAUUACCCUACAUAUUGACAAUAUUACUGACUGCGUGCGGUAUUUUUUUUUAUUUUAAUUAUAUUGAAUGAUUAAAAUGUGGUAGGCAUUGAUGUUGUGAUGAUUGUUAUAGGAUAUUAUUAAUAUUUAAUGGAAAUGCACAAAACGCCAAUUUAUUUAUAUUUACAUUUGUAUAUUAAAAUAAAAAGAAAUGUUAAAUUAUAUAUGUAUAAAAAGAAUAGAUUAUAUUAUUACAUCUCAUGUGAUUGGCGUUAAUUCGGUUGUAGAUACGAUUAUGUAGCGCCAAACAUCGAGUCCGCUCUGCCCCUGUAGCCAUGUGGCACGUCGAUUCUCUUUCUACGAUCGCAAACGCUUUGAAAACUAGCAAAAUGUAUGGUUAUGACAGAUCUUGAUCACGUGACCUGUCAAUAGCAAAUGUCAUGCCCAUACAUUACAUAAACUCUAAUUGCGUUCUACUUUAAUCAAUAAAACUUUGCAGCAAGUAAAUGAAGACUAAACGAUUCGAUUUUCCGCCAAACUCCCCUUUAAGUACCUAUUCAUACUAUGUAGCUCGGUAUUUCGAAGGUAGGUACGAAGGGAAGGUAAGGUAUUUACGAGUACGACCGGCAAGGCAAGAGCAAUACUAUUGUUACAAAUUAAGUUUAAGUGUUUUACAUCCGAAUUAACUUCAAUUUUGUGCAAAUUCUUUUUUAAUGAACUACAAAUAUGUAUAAUAAAAUUUUAUUUACUCAAUGUU